CAGACAUAGUGUCCGAGGAAGAGGAAGCUGAAGCCGCUAAUCCAGAAAACAAGAAGUAACAAUAUUAUAAUUUGAAUUUUUGGCUCACCAAGCUCAGCAUGACCGUUUCCAACACAGUGGACCAAUACACAGUGCUCAGCGGCGACCGCUCCAAAAUCAAGGACCUCCUCUGCAAUCGACUAACCGAGUGCGGCUGGCGGGACGAAGUGCGUCUGCUUUGUAGGACCAUUCUGCUGGAGAAGGGCACCGGCAACAGCUUCACUGUUGAGCAGCUCAUCACUGAGGUGACGCCCAAGGCGCGCACCCUCGUCCCAGAUGCCGUCAAGAAAGAACUCCUCAUGAAAAUCCGCACCAUACUCACCGAGAACGAGAGCGAAAUCGAGGAUGCGGAGGAGCCCUAGAAAGUCC